AUGGCACAUGUAAACUUUGAUAUUGAUGACAUAAAAAACGACCUCAUCGAAUAUUUAACCAAAAAAACACCUUUGACUCGUAAAAUGGCACAACUGGCAACGGAAGUAAGUAAGAACUUUGGAAAGUCGGAUUUUACGAUACAAUUGGCGAAGGUUUUACAUUCUGAAAAAAAUGGUAUCAAGAACAUCAUUGCUGAUGUUGAUCUACAGGUCGACGAUUUCCUAGUGGAGGUAUCGAAGUCGAAGCUCUGUUACAAUGUGAAGAUUGAUAAAACGAGAUAUUGCGAUCGGAUAUAUACAGCCAUAAUGAGCAGUGAGGUAUAUGACGCGGAAUGCAUGUCACACAAAGCUAGAUAUUAUGGAUCGAAGAAUAUGGGCAAGGGUAACACGAUCGCGAUCGAUUUCUCGUCACCGAACAUUGCAAAAAAAUUCCAUGCUGGUCAUCUGCGAACAACUAUUUUGGGAAAUUUUCUUUCAAAUCUCUACAAAUACCUAAACUUUAAGGUGGUAAGAAUUAAUCACCUUGGCGAUUGGGGAAAGCAGUUCGGCCUGGUGGGUGUGGGGUUUAAAAAAUAUGGAAAUGAGGAUGAGUUGAAUAAGGAUGCUAUAAAACAUCUAUUGGAGGUAUAUAUAAAGAUAAAUCAGGAUCUAAGGGAAGAAAAGGAUGCUAUGGAAGAGAAACUAACCUCUGAUAUGAGUGGAAUGCAAAUAAAUGGUUUGAAUUCGAGUCAAGACGAAAAAUUGUCGGAGUUUGAGAAAAAGCGCAAUGUCUCGAAAAUUGACCAGGAGGCCAAGGACUAUUUUGCAGCGCUUGAACGGGGCGAUGAGGAGAAAAUGAAACAGUGGAAGCGUUUCCGAUCUCUAUCGAUUGAAAAAUACAAAGUUCUGUACUCAACAUUAAAUAUUAAAUUUGAUGUAUAUGGUGGUGAAAGCUUGUACGCUAAGGCUGGCCUUGAAGUCAUCGGCGAUGCGGAGAUCGACACGGACAGCAGCAUGUUUUAUGAUUUGGGCGAACUUGGGAAGCUUGUAGUCAGAAAAAGCGAUGGCAGCACGUUGUAUUCGACGCGAGAUUUAGCGGCAGCUGAGGACAGAAUAAAGAGUUAUAAUCCAGUCAAAUUGGUGUAUGUAGUUGCAAGCCAGCAAGAUUUAUAUUUCAAACAGCUGUUCAGUGUGCUGAGAGGCGAGUGUGGAAACAAGAGACGCAUUCCUGAUGGCUUGGAACUGGAACACAUUAGUUUCGGUAUGGUGAAUGGGCUUAGUACGCGAAAAGGAAACCUCGUCUUUCUUGAGGACAUAAUAGAUGCGGCAAAGGAAGCAAUGCACAACACUAUGAUUAAGAACAAAGCGAAAUACGAUGAAAUAGAAAAUGUGGAGGAUACAUGCACGACGCUGGCCGUGUCAGCCAUGAUUAUUCAGGAUUUCGGCGCUAAACGAGCAAUAAAUUACACAUUCGAUAUGAAACGGAACACCAGCUCGGAGGGCGAGACCGGUCCUUACCUCCAGUACACGCAUUGCCGAUUAAUGUCUAUUCGCAAAAAAAAUUCUGUUUUGUGUGCCAAGAUAGACGCAGAUUUGUUGUCGGAUGAUGCACUUAAUCUUAUCUUCUAUCUUUCCAAGUUUGGCACUGCCGUUAACGAAUCGUACACGACAUCGGAACCAUGUAAGCUGGUAACCUAUCUCAUGAAGCUAUCAAAGCAGGUCAACUCGCUUUUCUCUACCUUAAGGGUUUUUGGAGAAGAAGAAAAACUGGCACAAGCCCGGCUGGCAGUCUUCGAAGCAUCGCGAAAAAUUCUAAACAACGGGAUGAAAAUACUUGGCAUGAAGCCUUUGGAGCGGAUGUAGUGCCAAUGAAGAACAUCAUUAAAGUUAAUAUUUUUGCUUCC